GAUCGACUAUACGAGGGGGCGCGCAGCGCGCUCAAGGAAGCAUCCGUGUGAGCGCGCUUUUAGAUCACCCUAUUUCAUCUGCUCCGUCCCCAUACAUAUCAAAAGAGGAUCGGAUAAAGGACUUUCCGCGAUGAAGAUGAUGAACCAGCUGUGGGCGUCCUGCUGUACGUGUCUCCUCCUCUCCAUGUUGCUCUGUGAGCCCGUGCUGUGCAAAGGAGGUCGCGGUGGCUCCAGGGGCUCCUCGCGAGGCACCUCCUCGCGCAGCUCAAACGCGGGAAAAUAUAACGGCGCCGGGACGCGCUCUCGUUACAGGUCCACGGGACGCUCGUCUCCGGUGCGCGUCGCGGCAGCAGCGGCAGCCGGCGCGGCGGUGGCGGUGGCGUUAACGGCGGACGGCUGGUACGCGUCCGCCUACCGCCGUACCAAGGCGGGCAGCUCGGAGGAAGAUUUGGAUUAUUACAACAACAACAACAACACCAAUUAUUUUGACGCUCUGAUGUCACGAUCAACCCAAAAUGUGUCAUCGCUCACCCAAGUUGUUUCUAUUAUCAUUGCUACAUUCUCUCCAGCAUAUGGAGCGAUUAUGGACAGUAUAUUUUAUUAAACACUCUGUUUCUGGUUAGUUCUCCUGCUUCCCUGUACACAAUGGACACCUGGCCAGCACUGUGGACAUGCGCAUUGUGCAUCCUGAGGAAGCUUCGCACAGUGACACAGACUUUUAAAUGUAUGCAAUCUAAUUGGCAAAACAUUGAGCCCCCAUAACAUUAACAUCGACUAUUUCGAAAAUUAGGUUCACAGGAUCUGAAUUGUUCCUUGUCAACUCUUGACUUUUUUUUUCUCCCAAACAUCUCCCAAUUUUUUUCUCCCAAACAACUCAAUGACCACUUAAUUGGUCACCGAGUUCAUUAUCGGUCGGCCUCUUGCAGCCGUUUUGUUCCGACUUUUUCGCAAAUUAUUCUAUUCAACAGCUUGUUUUUUUAUAUGUCCACUUAGGCCAUUUACAACCUCACAACUAUAUCGGAAUUAAGUUAUGCUACACUGUGGAGAACAAUUUGUGCCCGACUUCAUUGCAUUAGAAAGUAGAUUAAGAGUAGUUAUUUCUAAUAUAGAUAUCUGUGAAACCCGUCACCAUCCUUAUACCUUAUAUCUAUGAUUAUGCAAUGAUGCUUUGUUCAUUAAUAAGAUUGUUUUAUUAAGUUGAUAUUUCUAACUUCAAUUGAGCUCACCAUGCUUAGAUCUCAAAUCAUCAGACAAGGACAGUAGAUUUAGGAAAGGAAAGUGUUGAAGCCAAACCACAAAUGGCUAUCGCCUUUGUGUUUGAGCAUUGUGCCAAAAUGCAGCGUCUAUGACAGUUGAUCAAGCCAGAGCACCAGACUGUUUCUUAUAUGUAUUCUACAAUGUGUGGUAUUAGGAAAAAUUAUAAUAAUAAAAAAUACACAAUGCAAA